GGUGAUGCUGCAGCCAAGAUGGCGCCGGCGGCGGCCGCGGCUGCCUGAGCGCAAUGCUCCGAGUCCUCGGCGGCAGCGGUGGCGGCUGUGGCCUCGGCCGGGGCCUCGGGUCUGUCCCGGGCGUGAGUGCUCAGGAGCCUCUCCUCCGGCCGGGUGAAUCCGGACAAAGAGGAGACGGCCUCGAAGAGAGGAGGCAGUGAAGAACGGAGAGAGCGCGCGGCGCCUCCCGCCUCGGCACCAUGGCUGGGCUCAUCAAGAAACAGAUCUUGAAGCACCUUUCCAGAUUUACCAAAAAUUUAUCUCCUGACAAGAUAAAUCUUAGUACCCUUAAAGGAGAAGGUGAACUAAAGAAUUUGGAGUUGGAUGAAGAGGUGCUCCAGAACAUGUUGGAUUUGCCAACAUGGCUUGCUAUCAACAAAGUUUUUUGUAAUAAAGCGUCAAUUAGGAUACCAUGGACAAAAUUGAAAACUCAUCCCAUCUGUUUGUCCUUGGAUAAAGUCAUAAUGGAAAUGAGUACGUGUGAAGAACCACGAAACCCAAAUGGCCCAUCACCAAUCGCAACUGCUUCAGGACAAAGUGAAUACAGCUUUGCUGAAAAAGUAGUUGAAGGAAUUACUGUUUCCGUAAAUUCUAUUGUCAUUCGCAUUGGAGCAAAAGCCUUUAAUGCCUCCUUUGAACUUUCCCAGCUAAGAAUCUAUAGUGUAAAUGCAAACUGGGAACAUGGAGAUUUACGAUUUACUCGUAUUCAGGAUCCACAGAGAGGAGAGGUGUUGACCUUUAAGGAAAUAAAUUGGCAGAUGAUCCGAAUAGAGGCAGAUGCCACCCAGAGCGCACAUCUGGAAAUUAUGUGCGCCCCUGUCCGCUUAAUAACCAACCAGUCAAAGAUCAGAGUCACGCUCAAAAGAAGAUUAAAGGACUGCAAUGUCAUUGCAACAAAGUUAGUUCUAAUAUUGGAUGACUUACUAUGGGUUUUAACGGAUUCCCAGUUGAAGGCUAUGGUACAGUAUGCGAAGUCUCUUAGUGAAGCAAUAGAAAAAUCAACAGAGCAAAGGAAGAGUAUGGCUCCUGAACCUGCACAGAGCUCUGCGGUAGCCCCAUCUACCCAGCAUGCGAAGACACCACAGACUUCAAAUGCUCCUGAUCUAAAUGACGCAAUUGUGAAACUGUUCAGUGACUUUGAUGUUAAAGAAACCUCCCAUCAUUUAGUGAUUUCUCAUCUAGAUCUACAUAUAUGCGAUGAUAUUCAUGCUAAAGAAAAAGAGUCAAACAGACGUAUCACUGGAGGGGCUAUGCAACUGUCUUUUACACAGCUAACUAUAGAUUAUUAUCCUUAUCACAAAGCAGGAGAUAGUUGUAAUCAUUGGAUGUAUUUUAGUGAUGCAACCAAAACAAAAAAUGGAUGGGCCAACGAGUUAUUACAUGAAUUUGAGUGCAACGUUGAAAUGCUUAAACAGGCUGUAAAGGAUCAUAAUGUAGGUUCACCUCCUAAAUCCCCAACACAUGCCUCUCCCCAGCACACACAAACAGAGAAAGAUUCAGCUCUUAAAGGGGCUUCCAAAAAGCCUUCAGCGUUAUCUCAACAAUCCAAAGUGAAGUUAAUGUCUAGUUCUGUUGUGGUUAGACUUGCUGAUUUCAAUAUAUACCAGGUCUCUACAGCAGAACAAUGUCGAUCUUCCCCUAAAAGUAUGAUUUCUUGCAAUAAAAAAUCCCUGUAUCUUCCACAAGAAAUGUCAGCUGUCUAUAUAGAGUUCACAGAGUAUUACUAUCCAGAUGGGAAGGAUUUUCCAAUUCCAUCUCCCAACCUUUAUAGCCAGCUGAAUGCACUACAGUUUACUGUGGAUGAAAGAAGUAUUUUAUGGUUAAAUCAGUUUGUGUUGGAUUUAAAACAAAGUCUUAAUCAAUUUAUGGCUGUGUACAAGUUGAAUGACAAUUCAAAAUCUGAUGAGCAUGUUGAUAUUCGAAUCGAUGGCUUAAUGCUAAAGUUUGUCAUUCCUUCUGAAAUGAAAUCUGAAUGCCAUCAAGAUCAACCACGUGCAAUUUCUAUUCAGAGUUCUGAAAUGAUUGCUACAAAUACAAGACACUGUCCAAACUGUCGGCAUUCUGAUUUAGAAGCUUUAUUUCAAGACUUCAAAGACUGUGAUUUUUUCAGUAAAACAUAUACCAGUUUCCCCAAAUCUGGUGACAAUUUUAAUAUUCUACAUCCAAUCUUCCAGAGACAUGCUCAUGAACAGGAUACCAAACUGCAUGAAGUUUAUAAAGGCAAUGUUACCCCCAAGUUGAAUAAACACACUCUUAAAACCUCGGCUGCCACGGAUGUUUGGGCUGUGUACUUUUCUCAAUUUUGGAUAGAUUAUGAAGGGAUAAAAAGUGGAAAAGGACGACCAAUAAAUUUCGUAGAUUCCUUCCCUCUUUCCUUCUGGAUUUGUCAACCAAAAAGGUAUGCAGUGUCACAAAAAUCACUGCAGACUUGUAAUCAAACUUCUCUAAAUACAUCACAAAGUGAAUCUAGUGAUCUGACUGGCCGAUGGAAGCGAAAAAAGCUCUUGAAGGAGUAUUACAGUACAGAAUCUGAUCCCUUGACCAAUGGUGGUCAGAAACCUUCUUCAGAUACAUUUUUAAGAUUUUCUUCGCCAUCAUCAGAUGCAGAUAUUCAUGUCUUGGUUCACGUUCAUAAACAUGUCAGUAUGCAAAUCAAUCACUACCAGUAUUUGCUCUUGCUUUUCCUCCACGAGUCACUUAUUUUGCUUUCAGAGAAUUUAAGGAAAGAUGUAGAAGCUGUGACUGGUAGUCCAGCUAGUCAGACAUCUGUUUGCAUCGGAAUUUUACUUAAAAGUGCAGAAGUGGCUCUUUUGCUACAUCCUGUGGAUCAAGCAAAUACCCUUAAGUCUCCUGUUUCUGAAAGUGUGAGCCCAAUGGUUCCGGAUUAUUUGCCUGCAGAAAAUGGAGAAUUUUUGUCUUCAAAAAGAAAACAAGUUAGUAGUGGAAUAAAUCAGAUUAGAAGUAUAACUCUUAAUCAUAUGUCAGACAACAGAUCUAUGAGUGUUGACCUUAGCCAUGGCCCUUUGAAGGAUCCUUUGCUUUUUAAAUCAGCUAGUGAUACAAAUCUGCAAAAAGAUACUUCUUUUCUGGAUUAUUUAUCAGAUAAAAAUUUAGGGAAAAUAAGCGAAGAUGAAAGUAGUGGACUUGUUUGCCAAAGUGGCUCAGGAGAAAUUGGAUCAGAAACAAAUGGCAAAAAGGAUUCAUCUUACACAGAUUCAAAUAGUGUCUUAAACUACAGAGAAGAUUCAAGUAUACUGUCAUUUGAUGAUGGUGGUAAUCAGAACAUACUUUCAAAUAGUUUAACUAGUAAAAGAAGUGAAACCAUAGAGUCAAUCUUUAAGGCUGAAGAUUUACUUCCAGAAACAGCUUCACUGUCUGAGAAUGUGGAAGUCAGUAAAGAAGAAGCACCCACCAUCAGAACACUUAAAUCGCAGUUAUCCUUAAGUGGAAAGCCUAAGGACCGUUGCCCAUCCAACUUGGCUCCACUCACUGUUUCUUGUAAGAACAUGAGAAGAAGCCCCUCACAAACCUCCCUGGACACCAUUUCACUUGACAGCGUGAUGUUGGAAGAACAGUUAUUAGAAAGUGAUGGAAGUGAUAGUCAUAUAUUUUUGGAAAAAGGUAUUAAAAAGAAUUCAACUACAAAUUACCCGAGCCCAGCAGAUCAGACAAAUGCCAGUGCAAACCUGCAGAAUUAUGGUGAAACCUCUCCAGAUGCCAUCAGUACAAAUUCAGAGGGUGUUCAAGAAAGUCAUGAUGACCUGAUGUCAGUUGUGGUAUUUAAAAUUACUGGUGUUAAUGGGGAAAUUGACAUCCGAGGUGAAGAUACGGAAAUCUGUCUUCAAGUGGACCAAGUGAUACCAGAUCAGUUAGGCAAUAUCAGUUUACGGCAUUACCUUAGUCAUCGUCCAGUAGGUUCGGAUCAUAAAGCUGUAGCUCAUUCUAAAUCCUCUCCUGAGAUUACUCUGAGAUUUGAAAGUGGGCCUGGUGCUGUAAUACACUCUUUGCUUGCAGAAAAGAAUGGAUUUCUGCAAUGCCAUAUAGAAAACUUUAGCACCGAGUUUCUUGUGUCUUCUCUUAUGAAUAUUCAACAUUUUUUGGAAGAUGAAACAGUUGCAACAGUGAUGCCAAUGAAAAUACAAGUUUCUAACACAAAAAUAAAUUUAAAAGAUGACAGUCCUCGUAGUAGUACAAUAUCCCUUGAACCAGCUCCUGUGACUGUUCAUAUUGAUCAUCUUGUGGUAGAGAGAAAUGAUGAUGGCUCUUUUCAUAUCAGAGAUUCUCAGAUGCUUAACACUAGAAAUGAUUUGAAAGAAAGUGUCAAAAGUGAUUCCAUGCUGCUCACCAGUGGAGAAUGCAAUCUGAAGAAACAUCACAGUGUCACUCAAGCCACUCAGACGAGCCCAGGAGCUCCUUGGCCUUCGCAGUCAGCCAGCUUUCCCGAGUGCUUCUUUGACUUUACUAGGGAACAGCUCAUGGAAGAGAAUGAAUCACUUAAACAAGAAUUGGCUAAAGCUAAAACGGCUCUUGCAGAAGCUCACUUAGAAAAAGAUGCUCUUCUCCAUCAGUUGAAUAUCAGGAGUGGCAGCCAGAAACUCAAGUUAUAGCUUUGGAGUGUGGAGGUUAUAUUUAUAAUGUGAUGUUACCAAUUAAUGGGAAACUUUCCUUUUCAUAAAAAGACAAUAAAAUGAAAUAGAAUGUGAUGAAGUGGUGACUAUUCCAAAACCAGUUUAGAAAAUACUAGGUACGGGCAUUACAAUCUUUUGGUUGUUUUGUGUUUUAGGGUUUAACCCUCUUUUAAACUGGUGUGAUACAGGGGAAGUCAGUGCUUACUGUUAAGAUAAUUCUAUGCCUCAUGAACAGAAGAUGUCAUUUCCUAAUUUUGAUAUUACAUUAUAGACAUUUUUUAAAAAGAAAAAUGAAAAUCUAUUGUGUUCUCACAGAUUGCUGAAUUUAUUUAUCACUUUGUUAAUAAUUUGCUAAUAUUUACAGAGAUUCAGAUGCUUUUAGGGCUAAUGUAAAAUAAAAGGAGGCAUACAUUUUAAGUAUUACUAAAAUUAUGUACUUAAAUGUAUAACUGUUACUGUAAAAAAAAUCCAAUCAAAUUAAUAAAUUAUCUAAUUGCUGAGUUUGAAAAUUCUGGAAAAUCAUCACCCUACGGAACACAGGCGGUAACUUUAAAAUGUGAAAAAGAAUCAUUUUAAGUGAUGGGUAAGCUGUAUAUGUUGAAGCUAUAGUUUUCAACAAAGAUGGCACAAAUGUUAAAAUAAAAAGCACAAACUGUGAAAAAGCAAAGCAUUAGCGUAUAUGGCCAACUGAUUUAAAAAGCAUUACUUGUACAUUCCUUUAAACAUGUAUUGUUAGAAGUCAAAGAGUAAUUUAACUAUCCUGCUAAAUUUGGCAGCAUUUGUAACUAUAAGAAUUUUAAUUAAUACUAUUUAUAUUAUUUCUUUAUCUUCAUGUUUCCUCUAUUUAAGGAGGGGAAUGUUUUCAGAGAAUUUUCUUUUCACAUACAUAAAAUGAUUUCAUACCGUUCCUACAGCAUCUUAACAGUUGGUUGUUUGCAGACGUCAAAUUUAUAAUGCUAGUUUUGACUAACGUUCUGUGUGACUUAUAUAUUGAAAUAAGAAUAACUGGUAAAUUUUGAAUUCUAUUUUCUAGGGAUUGUUAAGGUUGAAACCAACAUGAGAGAGUCUCAAUCAUGCAUUAUGAAAAAAAGUUUAUGAGUAUUUAAGAAACAGAGGCUUUUAACAAUUUAAAAUAUAUUUCUGGUAGAAUUAAACUAAGUGGGGUCUAUUUUAAAAUUCACAUUCUUAAACAUAAAUAUAUUCAAGAUAGAACUGAAACAGCUGUACUGCUCUUUAUUUAAGUUACUUGAAAAUGUUCAAAUUUUCAACCACAUUAGGAUACUUUAUGGUGCUUUGCUUGUUUGGCAUGACUUAUAUAGCCAUCCUGUAUCUAAAUACUUGGAAAUAUGUUUCGUUUUAUGUUAAGUGAGAGUGAUUUUAGAUUUUAUUGAAAAUGGUACUGGCUUUUUUUUUUGUCUUUAAUGUCCAUUUUCUUUAACAUUGUUUAAAAAUACAGGCCAUGCUUUGGGAGCUAAGGAUAUAGCAAAGAACAAGUUAAAUUGUUAUUAUUUUACCUCAGAGUAUUUUAAAAAUCAUGUUAAACCAUUUUAAUCUAAGACUGUUGUAUAGUUUUAGAUUAAAAGCAAAGGUCUAAUUAAAUAUUUUGAAUGUAUGGCUUAUAUCCUUAGUAGAGUACUUUUGAUCUAUAGGUAUAUAUUCAACAAAAGCAGUCUCUAUUAUAGAAAAGCAGGAUUGAUGGUACAUGAACUUCUCUAGAACUUGCAAUGUUUUUCAGAUUUGACAUAUUUGCUCCAUAUGAACUUUAAAUUUAUGAUGUAUUAUAAUUACUUACUGUUAUAGAUCCUGGAUGUUUUUCUUAUUUUCAAUUUUAUUUGGCCAUCUCAAGAAAAUCAUAUAAACAGUAGAGAUAGUAAUUAAUAUGAAGUUGAAUAUUCUAUAUGCUUUGUUAGAUUUUUAAAACUUUAUAGUGAUUACUAUUUUUAUAGAGAUUUAAAAUUCAUAAAUCAUUUCCAAAAACAUUGUAUAAUUCCCACAACAAACCUGGGAGGUAGGUGUUAUUUACAUUUUAAAAGUUUAAUAAAGAUCUUAUGGCUCAGAAAGAACAAAUGACUUGACUGAAAUCACAAUUAAUAACCUGCUCUUUUCACUGAAAUCCCAAUUAUAUGUUUUUAUUUUACCUUAUUCCUUAUUUCACAUAUUUUUCCAGAGGUAGGGAAAGGAAUCACUUAUUGGUCAUUUAUCUUUUUAAGAUGAAUAUAAUGCUUUGAAAAGAUGUGUGUGUAUAUAAAAACUACUUGAAAAAUAAGGGGAGAAUUUUGUUUAAGUUAGUCUCAAUCUUUUUUGCUGUAUGAGAAAUAUAAGAGUCAACCUGUAAUAAACUUAUCAGAGUUUUUAAAUGACCAUAAAUUAAAAUUAAAGUUGCCUUGUCUUUGCUAAAUCUGUAGCAGAGAUGUUAGUAAUCAGGGGAAGAAAAUUAUAUUAGUGUUUUUCUUUUAAAUUUCAUAUAUACAAAAAACAUAUUCUUGGUAUUGUAUUUUUAUCUUUUCUCAUUAUAGAGUUCAAAAGAUCACCAUGUGACACUAGUUGUAAUGAAACAUUAUUUAAGCCAUGUAAGAAUAGCUUUAUAUGAUUGCAGGCAAAUAUAUGUGACAAAAUUAAUCAGAAACUUCUUUUGGGUUUUUGUUGUAGUUAUUUUUAUUCAGUACUUGUCAAUACAAGGGUUAAAUAUUCCUCUUUAAGUUUUUAUUAAUGUAUCCAAUCUAAGGUUCCACCAUCACAGUGGUUCCCAAGUUAGUAACCUAGAGUUUCCUCUCUCUAACCAGCCCCCCCAAUCAAUUCAUUACCACAUCCUUUCAUUUUACCUAGUAAAUUUGUCUACUUCUCUUCAUUUACCACCUUUCUAAUCUAAGCUAACAUUAGUACUCUUUGCCUGUAGUUACUUUGGUAGCCUCCUAAUUGGUCUUCCUAAGCUACUCUGACCUUUCUGAUUUAUUUUUAUACUGCAGGCAGAGUUCUCUCUCUCUCUUUUUUUAAGUGCAGUUUUAAUCAAGGUAACCCACCUAACCCUAGAUGGAAACAAAAAUAUUUUAUGUUACCUAUGAGAUCAGUUACUAGGGCUGCUGUUUAUAAUUCUGAACAUUGAAAGAGUUAGUAUCUCAAAAACAUUAAAGCAGUGACUGGCUCAUCACCUUGAAAGCAUUUAAGAGAGGUUAGUUAUUACUACUUCUUAGGUUCAUUGAGCUCCUUGUUUCACUUACUUUGUAUUUGACUCUUAUUGCACUUUAAAUAUCUGAAAUUAGUGAGAAUUAAAGCGCUUCUUCCACCAAAGGAACCUUUGUUCAUGCUCUUCUCUUGCUUGAAAUACCUUCAUCACUUAGUUAACUCCUAUUUGUCUUUCAGAUCUCAGCUCAUUCAUCACUUCCUCAGGGAAGCAUUCCCUAAUUUUUUUCAGAGUAAGAAAAAAAUUGCAUUAUCAUGUGACCUCUACUUAAUGUUGAACACCUUUGUAACUUUAUAUGCAUUUGUUUGGUUGUAGACUGUAAACUCCAUGCAGACAGGAAUUGUGUGUUUGUGUCAUUGUUCAACUUUGUAUUCUUUGUCCCUCAUGCAGUGCCCUGCACGUAGUAGUUCUCAAUAAACUUGUUGAAAUAAUAAAAUAA